GAGAAGCCUCCAGCCACGCUGCUUGUUUCCUGUUGCAAUCAUAGACAUGGAAUGGCUGGUCAUUGUAUUACUUCUGGUGUCUGCUGUGCGCACCCAGGACGAUGAAGGACGGAUCAUCGGAGGGUAUCCUUGUAAUCCUCAUUCUCAGCCCUGGCAAGCUUAUGUGACUGGCCAAUACAUUUGUGGAGGAACAUUGAUUCAUCCGCAAUGGGUUGUUACUGCUGCGCACUGUUUGAGCAGAAACAUGGUCGUUUGGCUGGGAGAACACAACCUCCGUAACUGGGAGGGUGUAGAACAGAAGCGGUUUGUGAGCAGGGCCAUUCGGCAUCCUGGGUUCAACAGCCGGACGUUGGACAACGACAUCAUGCUGCUUAAAUUGGACAAGCCUGUCCGAUUGACCUGGAUCAUAAGGCCCCUGAGAUUACCUCGCCAAUGCAGCAGUGACGGAACUCGAUGCCUUGUAUCCGGAUGGGGCACAGUCAGCUCUCCCCAAGCAUCUUUCCCAGACAUCCUGCAGUGUGCAGACGUUCGGAUUGUCAGCCGGCAGCGUUGUGAAGCCUCUUAUCCCGAAUCCAUCACUGACAACAUGAUUUGUGCCGGCAUACUAAACGGGGGAGUGGACUCCUGCCAGGGUGACUCCGGAGGGCCUCUUGUGUGCAACGAACAGUUGGAAGGGAUCGUCUCCUGGGGCUUGGAGACAUGUGCACAGUCCAACCAUCCCGGGGUUUACACCAGAGUAUGCAAAUACGUGUACUGGCUGCAGCAAGUCAUGAGUUGGAAUUAAUACUGCAGACUGGGCUCAGCUUGUCCCGUUCUGAGAUUCCAGUAGUAAUAAAUCAUUAACAAACUUUUGCUAGCUU